AUGAAUACGACUCGUUUUGACAGGAGUAAGGUGGCCACAGCUCUCCUUAACAAACACCUGCAGAUCAACGGCAUAGCGGCCGGGGUGAACGUGGGCAGCCCGGAGACCCUGAGGCCUCUGGCUACCACCAGCAAGAUGAAGAGGGAGCGGAAGGCCGCUAGGACGUUGGGCAUCAUCAUGUCUGCCUUCCUCGCCUGCUGGCUUCCCUUCUUCCUCUGGUACGUGAUCACAUCCCUGUGCGGACAUGACGUGUGCUCUUGCCCACACAUGGUGGUGGCCACUGUCUUCUGGGUAGGCUACUUCAACUCUGCCCUCAACCCCAUCAUCUACGCCUACUUCAACAGAGAGUUCCGGGCGGCGUUCAAGAAGACACUGGAGUCGUGCUGCCACCAGAUCGUCCUGGCCCUCCCUUCUCGGGGGCCCAACCGGGUGAGCAGGCAGAGGACGACCGGGGCUUCCAACGCCUCCUCCGCCGUCGAGAUCCACCUCAACAACUCGGUGGCCAGGGCCACGACGAUGGAGGAAGUGGGGGUCCCAAGGGUCGCCGAGCAGCAACAGGUCACAGAGCCACAGCCCCCAUCGGAUACUGACGACAAGGUCUAG